CAAGAAGCGUCGAGCCCAAGAAAAAGCCUCUUGCAUCCACUAGCAAUCCAAGGGGAAGAAGAAUCCAUCAAUGGCGGCGAGAGCCAUGUCUGGUAGUGGCAUCCUCUUGGCCGCGGCGGUGGCAGCGGCGCUGCUGGUGGCGCCGGCAUCGGCGCAGUCCGGGUGCACGGCAGCGCUCGUCGGCCUUUACCCGUGCUUGAACUACAUCAGCGGCAACGACACGGCGCCCACCAAGUCCUGCUGCUCGCAGCUUGGCUCGGUGGUGCAGUCCCAGCCGCAGUGCCUCUGCAGCGCGCUCGGCGGCGACUCAUCGUCGCUCGGCGGAAUGACCAUCAACAAGACGCGCGCGCUCGAGCUCCCCAAGGCGUGCAACGUGCAGACCCCGCCCGCGAGCAAGUGCAACGGCGGUGGCACUGCUCCUGGCGCCGCCACGCCGACCACGCCCGAGGUGCAGACACCGGCAGGCUCUGGAUCCAAGACGACCCCGUCGGCGUACCUGGAGGAGAACGGCGGCUCGUCGCUCCAGGGCACGGUGGGCCUGGUGUUCGCGCUCGCGGCUGCUGCGUUCUACGCCGUGUCGGCCGUGUAGUGACUGCAUAGUGAGCAUCUCGGUCGCUGGACUGAAGCGCUAGCUGGCUGGCGACCUAGAAAUUCGUUUCCUGUGUGGCAUGAUUUCUUUUUCAUUUUGGUUUAGCAUUAAGCAUUGGGGAGGAGGAUUGGUCAGUGUUGUGUUCCACAUAUGUACUACUUUGGGUUUCCUCUUGCUGCAGUUGAAAUAAAGUCGGUUUUGUUUUGUUCCCA